AUGGACGAGUGGACAUCGAAACAGCUCCCUGAGCGGCUGCCCUUCUCCAAGAAGCGGCUGCCCAAGCGUGUCGUUUUCUCAUACAUUAUCGACUACCUCAUCAUAGUGGUCCUCAUCGGCGUCUUCACUAUCAUCGAUAAAGUCCCACCUUUCCACCAACACUUCUCGCUGCAGAACUACACCCUCCACUACCCGUUCGCCGUCAAGGAGCGCGUGCCCGUCCCGCUACUAUGCAUCAUCGUCGUUGGUGGCCCUGCCAUCAUAAUCGCCUUCUACACACUCGUUGUUGAUGGACUGUUUUCACACCAGACUCCCAUGCCUUCUAGCAGGGCUGGAGCUAAGCGCCUGAGUGGCAGAUACAGGUUCAAAGACCGCCUGUGGGAGCUGAAUUGCGGUAUCCUCGGUCUGGGCUUGAGUGUUGGCGCAGCCUUUACAAUCACUGGAGCGCUGAAGAAUGCAAUUGGAAAGCCACGACCGGACCUCAUUGACCGGUAUGCUAGACAAGCUAUAGGAGCUCGUUUGAUUGACCUAGAGAGCCUGACACUCGUUACCAUCGAUAUCUGCACGCAGACCGACGACUACAUCUUACAAGACGGGUUUAAGAGCUUUCCUUCGGGGCACAGCAGUGUCUCAUUUGCUGGAUUGUUCUACCUCUCUCUCUACCUUGCAGCAAAGCUGCACGUUCUGGAUGCUAAAGGCGAGGUUUGGAGGACGUUCGUCGUUAUGGUCCCAACCCUCGGCGCUGCUCUCAUCACUGGUACGCGCAUCAUGGACGCUCGCCACCAUCCUUUCGAUGUCCUCUCAGGCGCUAGUCUCGGGAUCCUCGUGGCAUGGGCCGCCUACCGACAAUACUUCCCACCAGUUUCAGAGACCUGGAAGAAGGGACGUGCCUACCCAAUUCGCGCCUGGGGACGUGGACCUGCUCCCCCACCGGCUCCUCAGAUCAUGAUCGACGAAGACGUGCAGCCGCUUCGACAAAUGGGCAAGCCAUUAGGACCGAUUGACGAAGAGCGUGGGGAGACAUCUGGCAUUGCGGUGACUGGAGAGAACGAGCAUGGCGGCAACGUCUUUCGACAACAGAUCUCGAACUCACAGCGCAGACGCCAGGCGGACGCACCAUAUGGAGUAGAUCGCAGCGACACACUAGCAUCGAGCAACUACCGCUCUGACACAUUGGGCUCAACCUACCGAUCUAACACCAUAGACUCCUCGUUGUCUACCAAGGUCAACAGGUACCAAAACGAAAUGCCGACCUCGAAUCCUUUCGCUACGAACGCCCCACGCCAACGUCAGAUGGAGUCAUACGACUACUCAUCCUCCGAGGAUGACGAGCCCUACGAGCUUCAGCCAACAGGCGGAGCCUACAAUCCGGUGUCAGGACGGCUGACAGACACCGGCUACCACCCUCCGCAAGGAAUCUCGCCGAACCCUACACCUCCACCUCCACCCGUGAAUACCUUCGUUCCGCCACAUCUGAACACAAUGUCACCGACUGGAGAUUUGAGCGAUAGAAGAGACGUCGGACCACCUCCACCACCACAUGCUGCAGGAACAACGCCUCAGCAGAUAUGA